UGCGUGAACCAUAUUCGGAAGGCUUUGAACCCAGACUACUACAACAUGACUGCAAGCACCAAAUUCCAACGCUAUCACAUUGACCACUGCCUCGACAUCAUUCGACAAUCACUGGAAUGUUCAAGUGACCUCACACUCAACCCCACACGCUGGUGGCCAGGCCUCGAUGAUGGCAAGAACUUCAUCGACUCCGAUCAGGUCCAUACCUGUCGGAACUUCACAAAAGUCAGGCAGUGGGCUUUUGCACGCUGGGACUCGUGGCAUCGGGUUGGGGACAGGCAUUCGCCACCAGUGAAUGCAGAGUCCUUAGGGUUAUAG